AUGCUGGACUUAGACGAGGACUUGUUGGCGCUUGCCGGCGGUGCUGACGGCUCCGACCACGACGAGUCGCUCUCGGACGACGAGGUGCUUGCCAAGAAAGUCCGCCACCACGACGCCGACGGCGAUGACGACGACGACGGUGAAAACGACGAUGACGACGACGAAGGCGAAUUCGACGAGGACGGCGACGCUGACGACGAUGACAACCUCAACGAGGAAUUAGUCAACCCGUACCCUUUGGAAAACAAGUAUAAGGACGAAGCCGACCGGGCUGAGCUCGAGGCAAUGGACGAAAUGCUGCGUGAAUCUAUUCUCUACGAAAGAGCCCAGGAAAUGCAGAAGUUCACCGAGCGCAAGUACUUGGUGGAGCGGGUACGCAAACUGAAGCAACAGGCGCUGCUGGCGCCCACGAGACUGCUGACGAGAACGCUGGCGCGGUCGCUGAAGGACGACAAAUUGCUGGAGUUGAAGAAGCAGCGGGAAAAGAAGCGCAAGCGCGACGCCUACGAGUACGAGCUGGACGAAGACGACCAGGAAGAAGAAGAGGAAGAAGAGGAAGAGUUUGAUGAAGAGGACGAUUACGACGACUACUGGGGCGGUGCUCGCCGCGACCGCGACCGCGACCGGCGUUCGUACGAGCGUGCUACUGUUGCCGAUAUCGCUAAGAUCUGUGUCGGGCGGUCAAUGUUGGCGAAAUACUGGUACUAUAAAGGGUACGCUGAUACCGUUAUCGACUGCUAUGGGCGUAUCAACUUGGACUGGGAAAAGCGUAACAACCGCCGCCCACCUCAAUACCGGUUGGUGAAGAUCAUCGACGUGAUUAACCGACCGGAAAAAGCCUAUAAUGCCGGCAGCAACGGUAAGCUCGAUGUCUUCCUUAAAGUAUCGCAAAACCGUCAACAACAAAGAGAGUUCCCUCUCCCUUUCUUCCUGGACUCGCCCCCCACGGCUGAUGAUUUCGACCGUUACGUUAAAGAACUUGAGAAGACGAACGAACUGAUAGACUAUGUUGAUGACGUUAACGAAAAGGAAGGACAAUUACGCCACUUGGUCACUCGGGGGAUGGACGACGACGAUAUCAACGAGAAGGUUGCCAAGAAGCAAAAAAUAGCGGCCCAACUGCUGGCCAACGCCGACGCUAACUUAACCGGGUACGAUGCCGUCACUCGUAAGGCUCAGCUUAAUGACGAAUUGAAGGUGGCUAAGCAGCAGAGCAACAUGGAGCGGGCUAAGGAGCUCGCCGAGCGCAUUGCUCGUCUCGACGAAGUGAUUGCCAGCCUGCAACUGAGCUCGCAAUCGAUCAUGGCCAAGCUCAACGAGAGAAACCGGAAACUCAACCUGCAGAACAUCCGCAAGGCCGAGAUUAAGGAUAAAGUGACCCUCGACAAUACUCCUGCCGACGACACCGACCCCUUCCUGCGAUUGAAGACUACCACCAGAGUGUACUACCAGGAAAUGAUCGAUAAGGAGAACAAGAAGGCGAUUGAAGACGCGAAGAAGACCGCCGCCGAACGCCAAGAGGAACAGGAGAAGAAGGAAGAGGAAAUGGAGAAGCUGACCUACCGCGUGUCGGGGGAAAUGGACAAGUUGAUCGGGCUGAUCGACGUGCAAAUCGAGAUCAAGUUAUAG